GUGGCGCCAGUGAAAACUGCCAUGAUGGUCGACACAUACGUAUUUUGGAUGGUACAGCCACAGACUAUAACGGAGUUCAAGCUGGUAAAUCCAGUAAAGGAUUUGGAAAAGAAGUGCACAACUAACACAUGGUCUGGGAAAACGGAGGCUAAUGGUGUCUAGGUGGCUCGUACGACUGGGCGUCGACGAUGCUUGCGUGCGCGGAGCCGGACGAUACGUCAGUGCUGCCGGCCUCAGUCACCCUGACGCGUCCCUGUUCGCAACGAGUGCUUGGGGUUGGCAUUCGUCGACGUUCAUCGGCUAUCGAGCCGUCUUGUCGCUGUUCUUCCUCAGCGGCCUGGUCGCGAGUCUGGUCACAGCUCCCGUUAGGUACGUCGGAAGACCGGAGACGUGGCCGAUAUACCUCACGAAUCAAACGCUCGUGAUACUGAAUGCGCACCUGAUCGUGUCUCUCGUGCUUGCCGUACGACAGUACUUAUCGCAGCGAAAUAAGAAAGGUUUCCUGCCCAGCAGCGGCGAUGGAGGUCCCGCCAGGUGGCAGCACAAGCUCUCCUGGGUGCUCUUCAACCUGUCGGCAUGUCUCGCGCCGGCGGUCAGCGCCGCCUACUGGACAAUGAUCCACGACGCCUCGCGUGCCAUCGACGCCGAAAACCUCGUCAAGCACGCGCUCGCCGCCGCCGCCAUCGUCGUCGACGUCAUCGUCACGGCGACGCCCGUCCGUCUGCCACACGCCUGGCAGCCGGCAGCCUACCUCGCGCUGUACGCUGCGUUCAGCGCCGCCUACUGGGCGGCCGGCGGCACCGACGACCACCGGCGCCCCCGCAUCUAUGCGUUCCUCGACUACGGCGAGCGUCCGGCGUCUGCGGCCGCGCACGCGGUUGCCAUGGCAACGGCGCUGCCGGCGUUUUUCUUCAUGCCCGUGUACACGCUGUACCGGCUGCGAGUGUGGGCGGUGGUGCGGAGAGCGAGGGGGAGGAGGUCGGCCAACUAUAAGUACCAUGACGGCGGGUUGGCUGUGUGA